UCGGAGCUCAGUGAGGCCAGUGGUCAGGACCCACGGACCGGGUAUGGUCGGGUCAGAUAGCCUCCCCUAGGGCCCCAGCCGGAGGAUGAAGGGGAACGGGGUACCCAGUGAUAGGGCCCGUAUAGUCCGGAGGCCAUACCUCCCAAUGGCUACGUACGAGGAAAAAGCGCAACACCUACGUGCUGGCAUUGGACGGAGACACGGACUUCUACCCCUCGGCGCUCUCCAUGCUGGUCGACCGACUCAGGAGGGAUCCCACCGUUGGCGCCGCCUGUGGGAGAAUUCACCCGACGGGCGUCGGGCCGCUGAUCUGGUACCAGAAGUUCGAGUACGCGGUAGGCCACUGGCUGCAGAAGACGGCCGAGCACGUGCUGGGCUGCGUUCUCUGCAGCCCUGGCUGCUUCAGCCUCUUCCGGGCCAAGGCCAUCAUGGACGACAACGUCCUCAAGACCUACACCACGGUGGCCACCGAGGCCCUGCAGUACAUCCAGUACGACCAAGGCGAGGACCGCUGGCUGUGCACGCUGAUGCUGCAGCAGGGCUGGCGCGUCGAGUACUGCGCCGGAUCGGAUGCCUACACCAACGCCCCGCAGGAAUUCAAGGAGUUCUUCAACCAACGGAGGCGCUGGGGUCCCUCCACGUUGGCGAACACCUUCAGCAUCCUGGAGAACGGCAUCCGCACGGCCAAGAAGAACCCGUCCAUCUCUCGGCUCUACAUUCUCUAUCAGAUCAUCUACACGGCCACUUCCAUCAUGGGUCCGGCUACUGUCUGUCUCAUGAUUGCAGGUUGCUUCACCUUCGUUUUCCAAAUCGACCAAAGCUGGGCACUCCUCAUCGCCAUCGUUCCGCCCGCUCUGUACAUCGCCGUCUGCUUCAAGACAAAGCCCGACACGCAGAUCAAGGUGGCCAUGGUGCUCACCGUGGUCUACAUGUUCCUCAUGACGGGCACGCUGCUCGCUAUGGUCGGCGACAUUGUCAAGAACGGCUUCUUCACACCCAGCGGCAUCUUCUUAAUCACGCUCAUGGGCAUACACAUCAUAGCCGCGGCACUGCACCCUCGUGAGUUCUCCUGCAUCGUGCACGGAUUCUUGUACCUCAUCUGCAUCCCCACGGGAUACCUGCUACUGCUCAUCUACUCGCUGGUGAACAUGUACAACGUGUCAUGGGGCACGCGUGAGACCAAGGCGCCUUCUGAGCCCACCCCAAAAAAGAAGAAGACACGCAAGCAUCGUUGCAAUGGUGCGAAAUGCUGUGUGCUGCCACUCGAUUGGGACUGCUUCCAGUGGAGGAUCAGCGUCUAUCCGAAGGAAUAUGCGGCGAUGAGUCAGGAGGAUGACAUUUCAAGCCGAGUAGAGUCGUGCGCGGUGGAACUCGAAGGAGAGACGACGCUACUUCCACUCGAGGCGAGACAAGAGGACACCACGAGCACUCAGAUGGAGCAUCUAGAAGGAGAAGAGAGCGAAAGUCGACCUCCAGAUGAAUCAGACACGGACCUCGCCCCCCAUGCCAAAGGGCGCCAUGACCACGUGUGGCAGCGCCACCACAAGAUGCAGGUCAUGUUUGAGAACGUCCUGCCUCAGGGUUACACUAUCACGCAGAGGUGCUCCCUCGAUCAGGAGGAAGACGACUUCUGGAAGAGCAUGAUCAGUGACUAUCUCAAGCCUCUGGAGGAAGACAACGCUCACAAGAAACGUGUGAAUCAGGAACUCUUCGAUAUAAGAAACAAGGGCACGUUCAUCUACUUCAUGAUCAAUGCGCUGUGGCUGGUGGCGACCCUGGCGCUGCAGUUCGUGGGAGCUGGCCUCUACAUCGAGAUCCCGAGCAUGAAAGACAAAGGGAAGUUCAUCGACGUGCCGCCCCUCGCCUUCAUGUUCCUCAUCACCUCUGCCAGCAUGCUCAUCGUCCAGUUCCUGGCCAUGCUGUACCACAGGUUGUUCACGCUGCUGCACGUGCUCUCCUACGGGGAGUCGUCGUCAUCGUCGUCAUCAUCGUCGCGGCAGCAAUCGAGGAGUGGUGCUGUGGACCGAGACAACAAAGCGUUCGUCAAUAACGGAGACAAUGAUGAUGAUCUCAGCAGUGCCGCCUCAGAGAGAUCGUCUAACAGAUCCCUGGACCUCGACUCGCACGCCGUACAUGGACCCACACACGUCGUGGUUGAUCAAUGAUGGUGCGGUCAGUAAAGGUGCAGCCCUGCAAGUUGCUUCCAUUGUUGCCACCCCCGGAUGACGGGCCUCUUGCUACAUGGAGAUCGAGAGAGAGCCCCUCUCGAGUGGUGUCUUUGGCUUACUCUUCCACGCUGGGCACAGACGUCUUGAAAGACGUGAGAGUUGCCCAUGCUUUACAUCACCACCGCCCGCGACCUGCCGAUCGACCAACUGUGCUGUGUCCAUUUACCUGGCUGAGUUGACAGAGGUGGCGGGAUUUAAGAAGCUUGCAGCAACAUGGGACCUUUCAGUGUCGCGACAACUUCAGCGGCACCGCAAGUGUAUUGCCGUGUUAAUUGCAGCAUAGCAGCCUUUCAUUACAAUGGAAUUCAGUCAAAAGAGCUGCUGCUCAACAAUUGUGGACAUCUCUCGUAACAUCAUGGGCUGAAGUAAAUGUAGGUGCGUUGAAGUUGCUCCUGGUCACAGACAGGGAGUGAAGAUGCACGCGCAGCUGGGAGAAGGGAAUUUAGGUUUUGAGAAUGAGCGACCUCCCUGCUGAGCGGAGAUUGACCGGAGGCUUCAGCAUGAGGACUUUGCUGCUGGAGCAGAGAGAGUGCAGAUGGAAGAGGAGAGGCAGGUAUAUAAUGGUCAAGUCCCUUGAAGAGUGUGAAGAGUAUCAGUGGGACCUUGAGGUUGACUUGGAAUAGGGUGGGGAGCCAUUUGAGAAAUUCGUGAUGUGCGCUCGUUUACGCGUGGGGUGGAGAUGUCUUAGGAGGCAUCAGCGACCAUUGCCAGUGACGACUAUUCUAUUUUCAAUGUAUAAAAGCCUGAGUGGUAUUCUCCAAUAGAAAUUGAUAUCCGAUAUAUAAUGCAUGUGAUGAUUUAUUUGCUCACAAUUAUGUUUCCAUU